GGAACAGUUUUCAGCAGAGCAUCAAGAGAAGAGCAACUAGUUACUGAGGAAGGAGAUAGACAAACUGCUGGAGGAAAAUAAUUCAUCUGACAGCAAAGAUGCAGUGGAGUCUGAUUCUGCUCUUCCUGAUGGCUCAGUGUUGCUUCAUUGACUGUCAGCUCUAUCAGUUUCACUACAUUAAUCAGAAUAAAACCUGGACUGAAGCUCAGCAGUACUGCAGAGAGAAACACACUGACCUGGCCACAGUGACUAACAUGAAGGACAUGAAGAGACUCAUCAACAUCUCAGCUGGAUAUAAGACGGCAGCAUGGAUUGGUCUGUAUGAUCAAACAAAUGGUACCAGAACAUGGUUCUGGUCUCUGCCUGAACUGGAGUUCAAUGAAAGUGAGACAAACUGGAACCCAGGAGAACCAUCAGAUAAAGGAAUUCAUGGAUCUGAGAACUGUGGGGCUGUGUAUCAAGAUCUCAAAUGGGUGGAUGACGGUUGCCAGAAGACUAAAUAUUUCCUCUGCUAUGAUGAAACUAAUAAAACCCAUAAAUAUCACCUGAUUGAAGACAUGAAGACCUGGCUGAAAGCUCAGAGUUACUGCAGAGAGAAACACACAGACCUGAUCAGUGGAACGAAGCAACUACAGGAUGAAGAAGUGAAGAAAUUGAUGAUCUCUCCAAGCGAUUACACACACAUUGGUUUAUUCAGAGACACCUGGAGGUGGUCAGAUGGAAACAGUUUCUCUUUCAGACACUGGAAUAAUGACUUUAACUAUCCACAGUCCAACAGUGGUCAAUGUGCCAUGACUGUGUUUAAUGAUGGAGGCAGAUGGAAGAAUGUGAGCUGUGCUGAAAGAAAACCCUUCAUCUGUUAUGAUGAUAAAGUGAUCCUGAUCAAAGAAAAUAAAACCUGGAAAGACGCCUUGACCUACUGCAGAGAUCAUCAUGAUGACCUGGUCACCAUCACCAACAUGGAUGAUCAGAGAUGGAUCCAGGAGAAAGUCAAGAACGCAUCGACUCCUUUUGUCUGGUUGGGUCUGCGCUUCAACUGCUUCAAGAACAUCUGGUUCUGGGUUUGUAAGGAGAAGAUCAGCUAUCAGAACUCGACCUCAGCAGGAUGGAUGAACAACUGUAACACGUCUGGAGCCAUGCAGGCUGGAGGAGAACAUAGAUGGUUCCAAAGAAACGACACAGAGGAACUGAACUUCAUUUGUUCUAAGGUUUAAAGUUCACUCUGAUCUCUGGUGACACGAGUUUGUUGUUUCUAAAGUGAAUAUUUUUUGUUUGGCUGUAUAAACUUUUGAAAUGUAAUUUUAAAGUAGAAACUAAUGUUACGGCUCCAGUAGGUCUCUUCAUGCAGGGUUCUGGAGACAGACAGGUGUUGUUGUUUGGCCUGAUUGAAGCUGCCAUGAAGGUCAGGAGGUUUUUUCCUUCCCCUCCUCAGAACCCAUUUGGUUUGGUUUGUGUCCUAUGGUUGG